CAAUUUUGGUCAUUUUCCAAUUUGGAAAAUGAUUUCUCAGUUAUACUUACGUGAGAGUAGUUAAACUUGUAUUGGCGCUUUCAAAGUGAAAGGGUGAAACUCAACCCUUCAAACGCCUCCUUAAACCCUACUCCCUUUUCACCCUUUAAUCACAUCAAAUCUCAUCUCCCUUCUCCAACCCCACUUAAACCCUACAAAGAAAUGUCUUCUUCCAUCACUUUGCGCCAUGCACGCCACCUCUCAAGCGCAACUUCCAGCAACACCACCAUCUCUAUCUCCAAAGCAAAAUCAAAGCUCAAAGCCGAACAUGACCCUGACAAAGCCCUAGAAAUUUACUCCUCCGUUUCAGAUCGUUACAUUUCCCCUUUAUCCUCUCGCUACGCUCAAGAAUACACAGUCAAGCGUCUAGCUAAGUCGCACCGUUUAUCCGACAUUGAAAGUUUCCUCGAAUCUCACAAGAACAGCCCAAAAAUCACCCAAGAACCAUUUCUUUCAUCCAUAAUACGUUCAUAUGGUGUCGCUGGCAUGUUCGACCACGCGCUCAAAAUUUAUCAUCAGAUGGAUGAUUUAGGCACCCCCAGAUCAGCUAUUUCGUUUAAUGUGCUUUUAUCAGCUUGCGUGCACUCGAAACAGUCAUAUUGUGAAAUGGGGUCGCCGGAAAUGGCAAUGGAAAGACUCAAGGAGAUGGAGGAGAAAGGUGUGGAGAUUACAAUUGUUACUUUCACCACUAUACUGCACUCAUUUUAUAAGAAGGGAAAGAAUGAUGAUGCCGAAAAAGUAUGGAAUGAGAUGGUGAAAAGGGGGUGCGGGCCAGAUGUUGGUGCAUACAAUGUAAAGAUUAUGAACAUUCAGGGUGGUAAUCCAGAAGGCGUGAAAGCUUUAAUUGAGGAAAUGAACGAUGCUGGAUUGAAACCGGACACGAUUAGCUACAAUUACUUGAUGACUUGUUAUUGUAAGAAUGAAUUGAUGGACGAGGCACAGAAGGUUUAUGAGGAUUUGGAGAGAAAUGGGUGCAAUGCAAAUGCUGCAACUUUUAGGACUUUAAUCUUUUAUUUGUGUAAGAAGGGAAGGUUUGAGACGGGGUAUAAGGUGUUUAAGGAGAGUGUGAGAGUUAACAAGAUCCCAGAUUUCAAUACACUCAAGUAUUUGGUGGAAGGGUUGGUGCAGAGAUCAAAGUUGAAAGAUGCAAAAGGGAUGAGUAGGACAGUGAAGAAGAAGUUCCCUCCUAACUUGGUAAAAGCUUGGACCAAGCUAGAGGAGGAGCUUGGUUUGGCUAAAGUUGAAACCGGUGAUAAUGGAGGCCAAUGAGACUAGUUUGUCUUAGUAGUUGGAUGAUUUUUAUUUGCUUUAAGUGUUAUACACUGUUCCAUAAUUUAAGAGGGCUUUUUGAUCAUUGAAUUUAUCCUGUUUAUCAUAAAGAUGUGAGUUUGCACUUGGGACCUGCCAUUUUUAUGAUUUAUGAAGUUAAUAUAGAGCUUUAAAUGAAGUUUGUAACAGUAAAAGUUCUACGACCUGCAGAUGCGGAACUCCAUGAGCUGAAUGUCCUGUUGAUCCGUUGCUUUGUUCAUCUCUCUCACGAUCCCAUUCGUUGAACAUCUCGCCAUAUCUCUGGCAUUGUAAUCACAACAUUAACUGGUGGUUUAGCAUGAGGUUUCAGUCUUUCUCUUCUACGCUGCCGCUAAUCAAAUAUGCUGGCACAACUUUGACAAUGUAUAACUUUUUAUUGCUGCUUA